GGUUUGACAUAAUACUCAAAAACCUUCCUACACAAGUAAAACGGUAAUUAAUUCGUCGUUUCACAAUGUAUUGAACCACUCUACAUAUAAAUAGAAACAUUCAACUGUAACUAAAUAGAUGCCUAUUUGAGGAGACGCUGGCCAAUUCUAUAUCUAAUUCAAAAUUUGACUUGCAAAUCAAAACUAUUCCGAAAAGACUAAGCUCCUCAAUUUGGAAACUAGACGGACUGUCUUACAUUUUAACUGCUCGAAAUAAUUUCAUGAAUUAACGUUGAAAUCUCAAAAACUAAAACUGGGUAAUUGUAUGGAAGCUUAUAAGGCCGCAUUGAAAAAUUCAGCAUUUUGCGGCCCAGAAGUGAUGCAAAACGGAAUAGAGAAAAGGGAAGUUGGAAAAAUAGAACAUGUUGGUAAAAAUGAUCAGUUUGUGAAAGUCGACCAUGUCGUGAAACCAGACCAUGUAAAAGUUGAUCAAUUUGUGAAGCCCGAAAAUGUGAAAGCUGAUGAAGUUGUUAAACGAAAUCAAUUUGCAAAAGUGGAAAAUUUCAGGAGGAAAAGGCGAUGUAAAAGUAUAUCUGCACAAUCUAUUAAUGAAAUAUCCGAUCUUGAGCAUUUGGACGAUAUUGAUGGCAUCUACAGCCCAUCUGGAUUAGGCAAAACAACAUCGAUAGUUUUCAGUCUUAAAGAUCAAGUGGGAUGUCUGGCGAACGCACUCAAGAUUUUUCAGGAACACCACAUCAAUGUUGUUCAUAUAGAAUCCAGAAGGUCAAGGCGUAGUGAUUCUAUGUAUGAUAUUUAUAUGGAUAUAGAGACGGAUAACAUCCGACUGGAAGAAUUAAUCAAGCGACUUAAGAAAGAGGUCAACAGUAUAUCUUACAACGAUCUUCCUAUACCGCCAUCACCGGCUACCGCAUCACGUAUCACUUAUUUAAACGAUGAACUACAAAAUAUACCGUGGUUUCCUAGAAAAGUAUCAGACCUUGAUAAGUCUGCGAAUAGAGUAUUGAUGUAUGGAUCAGAGCUUGAUGCUGAUCAUCCGGGAUUCAAAGACAAGGUUUAUAGAUUAAGGAGAAAAAUAUUUGCAGAUAUUGCUUUCAAGUACAAAUAUGGAGAACCUAUACCUAGAAUUGACUAUACUGAAGAAGAGAUUAAAACAUGGGGAACUGUUUUCACGGAGCUGAUGAAGCUGUAUCCUUCACACGCAUGUCGAGAAUAUUUAAGAAAUAUUCCUCAGCUAACAGAAUUUUGUGGAUAUAGAAAAGAUAAUGUGCCACAACUGGAGGAUGUGUCAGAAUUUUUAAAAGAGAAAACAGGAUUUCAGCUCCGCCCAGUUGCUGGGUACCUGACGUCACGUGACUUUCUUGCUGGUUUGGCUUUCCGAGUGUUUCAUUGUACGCAGUAUAUCAGACAUAGUUCUGAUCCCUUAUAUACACCAGAACCUGAUUGUUGCCACGAAUUACUUGGACACAUGCCACUAUUAGCUGAUCCGAGCUUUGCACAGUUUUCUCAAGAACUAGGACUGGCGUCACUUGGCGCUAGUGAUGAGGCAGUACAGAAAUUAGCUACACUUUACUUCUUUACUGUUGAAUUUGGAUUGUGUAAACAAGACGGACUUAUGCGGGUAUACGGUGCUGGACUUUUAUCUUCUAUUGGAGAACUUAAGCAUGCAUUAACGGACAAGUCCAGAAAAAUACCAUUUGAACCAGUUAGAACAUCUAAACAGGAAUGUCUUAUAACUACUUUUCAAGAUGUAUACUUUUAUACCGAAAGCUUUGAAGAGGCAAAGGACCGAAUGAGGCAAUAUGCGUGUACUAUUAAAAGACCAUUUGCUGUGCGAUAUAACCCAUACACUCAAACUGUUGACGUACUUAACAACACUCGUUGUAUUGCCAAUGCUGUAAGUGAAUUACGUGGCGAUUUGUGCAUAGUAAGUGAUGCACUCAGACGUUUACAACAGAUAGAAAUAGAGGAAGAGGAAGAAUUAGAGGCAGAAAGAGAAGCAGAAACACCGAGAACUCCGAGACAAAUAAAAUCGAAUUAAAAAUAAUUGAGAAUGUCGCGCUAUUUAUACAUAAAAGAGUUCCUCUUGGGAUAUAAUAUAUAGUGAAGAGAUAACAUGCAAAACGAUUUCUCAUCUAUGUAUCAACUUAGAACCAAUAGUAUAGAUAUUAACUGAUUAUUCAUGCAAACACGCAUGUACAAUAUCUUAGCAUUCUAUUUUGACAAUAACUAACGAUUUAGCCCGAAGGUAUGAAUUCAUAGGUUGUUAAACACUUAUUUCAUGUUAGAUAUUUA